GUGCUGUUUGCAUAUAGGCUGGUCAUCCGCUGCAUUUCUUAACAGAGUGUAGAUGAUUCGCAUCUUUCGAUUCCAAACGCCUCCUCUCCCUUACAGGCCGCUCGAAGCGUGCCGAUGGGCUGACUCUUUACAAUUCCGCGGCGUCUGCAGAUUGAUGCCCAUGCUGUCAUGAUCGACGCGUUAUCAGCUUGGCACCCGAGACGCGCGAUCGAAAGAGCUGCUCAUGCCAACCGAGACGCCACCAUCAAUCAACAUGAACGAUGCGUCGAGAAUGUCAGAUGAGGGGCAAGAAAUUGACAUGGCCGUAGCUGAUGCUGGCGGCAGUAUAGGCGGCAACGAAAGGAGCAAAGAUAUUCGAUCUCCUAGGACACGGUCUCUCUCAGACGGCGGAGGCACGCCAGGAAGACUCUCGCCUUCUCCGCACCUCGUUAAGGCUUCUUCACGCCAGCACUCAAAGGACGACAUUGCCAUCCGUGACAAGCAGCAUGGAAAUUGCUCACCGCUCCCUUCAACACCUAUUCGAGUCGGCUUCCCAAUCCGAGGUCUUUCGUUGCAGAUGCCCCAGCGCGACGCGGCGUCGCCCACCCAACAGGGCGCCGACGUCAGGACCGCCCCGCUCUCGCCAAAACUGGACCAUUCGCACAUCUACGCUUCACCCACAAACAUUCUGCCGCGCCGAUCGCGCGGCUUGGAUUUUUCCCGCGCUGCCACGAGUUUGCAUCACUCCACCCUGGCCGAUCCAGCCUCGCCGGAUUCGUCGCCCACAAUCGGCUCCCGGGCCAUGAACAUCCCGGGGCAUCGGGGCUCAGAGUACGGCACCGCCGAGCAGACCUCCACUUCGCUGUGGUCCAUGAUGGGCAGAGAGGAGCGCAUGCACAUAUCGAGUUCGCUGGGAAGCACCACUUAUGCGCUCUCCGACCUAUCGUCUAGCUCAGACGACGACGACUUUAUGGACGAGGACUUGGACGAGGCCUAUGUCACCACCCCGCAGGCCCCGAAACCCGGCAUUCUCAGCAAUCCCGCUUCGGCCGGCACACCAUGGAUUCCCGGCUCGCCCACGGUCAAUAGCCUGUUGAGCUUUCAGCAACGCCAACGCCAACGGAAACAGUCUAGACAUAAGGCGCGCAGGCCACUCGGGUUUGGAUUCCACUCGCCCGCUGCGCCAGGGGUCAUAUCGAGAUCCCCACCAAACAAUAUCAUGGGACCGAAAGACCUAUCCCUGCACCACGCGCGGCGCGAGAGCAUCAGCUGGGCUGCUAACCAAUUGCAUAUUUCGGGCAAUGAAAGCGAUGACAGCAUUAACAGACAGCUGGAUGGUGUCGACAGCCCCUCACGCCCAGCCGUGGUAAGACGUGCCGUCACGCGCCGCGGGAAUUUGCUGCCGAAAACAAAGGGCUUCGCGCGUAUUCGCGCUGCUCUCGCUGAGGAGAGUGCGCCCAUUGAGGCCGAGUUUCGGCGGGAAGCUGAAGUGGUUCGCCAAGUCCGCGAGAGCGACAUGGAUCUGGAACCUCGACAACUCCCGCUCCCGCCCUACUCGGCACCAACAACAGCACUAUCGAGCCCCAGCCUCGCCACACACGACAGCCUCGACGAAAUGUCCGAGGACAUGAUGAUGAUGGACCCCAGCGGCAACGCCCUUGGCCUCACGGGGACUUUCAAACAGCAUGCGCUCAAAAACUCCAAAGGCAGAGGCUUUUGGGACACUUUCUCGGAGAGCAGCAGCUCAGGCGCCGCCACGCGCGUCACACCCCCGCCACCCUCAUUCGGCCUCGCGCGCGCAUCAUCUUCAGGCCUCAGCCUCGAGGACAUAAGCAUGGACUCACCCUCGACCAGCUCCAACGGCCAAAGUCAGGGCCAAAACCCAUUUAUUGUACCGGCGACCACGACAUCAAGCAGUUCAGGCAACGGCACGCCACUCCCGUUCGCGAACCAGGGCAACGCCAGCAGCAACGGGAGCAGCACGGCGGCAGUCGCCAGCACCACCGGAGCCGGCAGCGAUUCCUUUAUGCCGGGCCACCCGCCCAGCGCGGCCGAGAUCACGCGGCGCAUCAACAGCAAGCGCCGCCGCGACGACGACCUCGACCCCGUCAGCAUCAAGCGCCGCGCCGUCAGCCCGGGCAUGAGCGUCCACAACUCCCCCAUCAUGCAGUCUCCGCUGCAGCGCGACACGAUGCCCUGGGGCGCGAGCGCGGCAUGCGGCGCGUCGAGGCCUGGCAGUGUGGGCGGGGACGGGGUCGGGGUUGCUGGAAAGCCUGGAAGUGGGAGUGGUGCGCCGGGUGAGAAUGGUAGUGGAGGAGUUGGUGGUGGUGGUGGUGGUAAUAACGGCACCAGACAUCUUGCUAGUGGCGGGAAGGGGAGGGUUGGGUUCCAGGGCAUGGUGGAUACCAAUGAUGGGAUUACGAAGUUGACUAUUGACUGACUGACUUGGCUAAUAGUUGGCAUUGGGAAACGUCGGUUGGGCUUGCUAAUGGAGAGGCUGGAUAACACCUUGAUUAUUGGCUGCCCGGUUGGCUUGCAUGGUGAUGGGUUCUUUUCCUGCACAAGAUCUUCUUUUGCAUCUUCUCCCCUUAUGGCCCUCUGUUGGCCGGUUGUAUGAGAAACGGACUGGGCAUCGCUGGGUUAGGAUUGAGCGGUACAAGGACAGGACCCCGGAAACAGGAACGGGGAAGGCGCAAAGGGGUUUUUACAAGGCAGGUAAACGGCGCUUUCGGUGAAUUCUGGUCUGAAACAGGGUCAUAGAAACGAUUCAGCGGCGUACCCAUAUCAAUGGAUGAAUUCUAGGUCCAGAACCGGCGUUAGGGGUGGGACUUGGGCUACGAACAGCGCAGCGAUGCCAAGCUACGAAGCAAACAUACGAAUAUAAUGCUAACCGC